AUGGCAAGAGGGCAGCAAAUUGUGGCAAAAAUGAUCGUUGGAGUGCGUUUGGGGAAGAAAGAGAUGAGAGAGAAGAUGAAAAUGGCUUCGAUCGCCACACUUUUGGAAGCUCUCCAACAUAAUAUGGGUACAUCGGCCUCGAAGGCUGAAGAAGUAAGUGGAGCAGAUAUGUUUGAAAGGUUUCAGAAGUUGAGGCCACCGUCCUUCUCAGGAGCACCAGAUCUAAAUCUAGCAGAACAUUGGCUGAAUAGAAUGGCCAAGAUGAUGAGAUCGUUGGGUUGUUUGGACACUCAAAAGGUUAUUCUCGCCACUUAUGCCUUGGAAGGCGAGGCUGAUAUAUGGUGGGAAGGCAUGCUAAGAAGAGUCUCAUCUGAUUAUGAGUGGACUUGCACUGAAUUUAAGAAAUGGUUCAAUGAAAAAUACUUUCCUCUGUGCUAUCGUCAUGAGAAAAUAUCUGAGUUUCUCAAAUUGGAACAAGGGAAUACAACGGUGUCGCAAUAUGAACCGCGCUUUGACGAAUUGUCACGAUAUGUACUAAUGGCUGUUGAGGACAAAGAAUAUAAAUUGAAAAAGUUUAAGGAAGGUCUCAGACCUGAAAUCUAG